AUGGUUCGCAUGAACGUUCUUGCCGAUGCGCUCAACGCCAUCAACAACGCCGAGAAACGCGGAAAGCGUCAAGUUCUCAUCCGCCCAGCUUCAAAGGUUGGUGACAUUUUUGGGAUGAUUAUGAGUGACGUAUUUUCUUCAGAUGGUAGCAGCCUCGGUCGAUAUUGACCAAGGCUCUCCGUAAUUUUAGACAGUUUAUUGUUGUAGUUAACAAUAAACAACUGUUUCUAACAGUCUAAUUAAACGGAGACACCCUUGGUUAGUUUUACUUCGUCAUCUACCUUCGGAAUCAACGCUGGAGGUACAUCUUGAUGUAAAAUCUAACUUCUAUACGCUUUUUGGUAUGAUCAAGUGAUAAAUGAAUCAUGAUCAUGCUAUGAAAUCAUAUAGAAAUCCACUUCAGUUAUAUCUUAGAUUUUCAAACAGUUUUACCAUAUAACUUCAGGUCAUUGUCCGUUUCUUGACCGUCAUGAUGAAGCACGGAUACAUCGGAGAAUUCGAAAUCGUCGAUGACCACCGCGCCGGAAAGAUCGUCGUCAACCUCACCGGACGUUUGAACAAGGCCUCCGUCAUCUCCCCACGUCUCAACAUCCGUUUGAACGUAAGUUUUUCUACAUAAAAUUAUUUCCUAACCAGCAUUUUCUACUUGCAGGAUCUCGAGAAAUACACCAACACCCUUCUCCCAUCCAGACAAUUCGGAUACCUCAUCCUUACCACCUCUGCUGGAAUCAUGGACCACGAGGAAGCCAGAAGAAAGCAUCUUGGAGGAAAAAUCCUUGGAUUCUUCUUCUAA